GUUCCUCGCGUUCCAGGGCUGCGCGCGCGCCCCCGCCCCGGAGUUGUCAUCUUUCCACCGGGAGAGAGGCGAAGGGCAUCGGGGAGACCGACCGAGUGACGGACCGAGUGACCGAGUGACCGAGUGGGCAGCCGCCGCCGCAGCGCGUUUCUCUGGAGUGGACCGUGGACGUCUACUUCCUUCCUGUCGUGGUCGUGACAUCACUGGAGUUUUAUUUCCCUCCUUCGUCGCUCUGAGGUCGAGGACCGUCCCGUCCCGUCGGACUGACCGACCACCGCCGCCCUGCGUGUGUGUGUGUGACACGUUUUAAGGACUGCUUAUGCACCGUUUAAGGACUUGCGCGGCGCGGUUGCGUCCGCUCACCGCCUCGCAGGCGGCUCAGACUGUCGGCCAGCAGCGCCCAAUCACAGUCGCCCCCGCGGGCGGCCCAAGGACGUUUCAGCCAAUCAGGUGCUACUCGGCACCGGUGGCCUCGGAGCCGUUCCUGAAUGGGACAAGCUCCAACUACGUGGAGGAGAUGUACCUGGCCUGGCUGGAGAACCCUCAGAGUGUCCACAAGUCGUGGGACGUGUUUUUCCGGAACGCGAACGCCGGCGCUCCUCCCGGCGCCGCCUACCAGUCUCCUCUGGGUCUGUCGGCGACUCCUCAGCUCUCGUCCAUGGUCGGAGCUCAGCCUAACGUGGAGAAGCUGGUGCAGGACCACCUGGCCGUCCAGUCGCUCAUCAGGGCCUAUCAGAUCCGAGGACACCAUGUGGCCCAGCUGGACCCCCUCGGCAUCAUGGACGCCGAUCUGGACUCGUGCGUCCCCACUGACAUUAUCACCUCCUCCGACAAGCUGGGCUUCUACGGUCUAGACGAGUCCGACCUGGACAAGGUGUUUCGUCUGCCCACCACCACCUUCAUCGGCGGCUCGGAGAGCGCCCUCCCUCUGAAGGAGAUCAUCCGCCGCCUGGAGAUGUCGUACUGUCAGCACAUUGGGGUUGAGUUCAUGUUCAUCAACGACCUGGAUCAGUGUCAGUGGAUCAGACAGAAGUUUGAGACUCCAGGUGUGAUGCAGUUCACUCUUGAGGAGAAGAGGACGCUGCUCGCCCGCAUGGUCCGCUCCACCAGGUUCGAGGAGUUCCUCCAGAAGAAGUGGUCUGCAGAGAAGCGUUUUGGUCUGGAGGGAUGUGAGUCUCUGAUCCCUGCUCUGAAGACCAUCAUCGACAAAUCCUCUGAGAACGGAGUGGAGAACGUCAUCAUGGGCAUGCCUCACAGGGGUCGUCUGAAUGUUUUGGCCAACGUGAUCCGUAAAGAGCUGGAACAGAUUUUCUGUCAGUUUGACUCCAAACUGGAAGCAGCUGAUGAGGGCUCUGGAGAUGUGAAGUACCACCUCGGCAUGUACCACCGCCGCAUCAACCGUGUGACGGACAGGAACAUUACCCUGUCCCUGGUGGCCAACCCCUCCCACCUGGAGGCUGUGGACCCCGUGGUCCAGGGGAAGACCAAAGCUGACCAGUUCUACUGCGGAGACACCGACGGGAAUCGGGUGAUGUCCGUCCUGAUCCACGGUGACGCAGCGUUUGCAGGUCAGGGGAUCGUGUACGAGACGUUCCACCUGUCCGACCUGCCGUACUACACCACGCACGGCACCGUGCACGUCGUUGCCAACAACCAGAUCGGGUUCACCACGGAUCCCCGCAUGUCUCGCUCGUCUCCAUACGCCACCGAUGUGGCCCGAGUCGUCAACGCUCCCAUCUUCCAUGUCAACGCAGACGACCCCGAGGCCGUCAUCUACGUCUGCAAGGUCGCCGCCGAGUGGAGAGCCACGUUCCAUAAGGACGUGGUGGUCGACCUGGUGUGUUACCGCCGAAUGGGCCACAACGAGAUGGACGAGCCGAUGUUCACGCAGCCGCUGAUGUACAAACAGAUCAAGAAGCAGAAACCGGUUCUGCAGAAAUACGCCGAGAAGCUGAUCUCGGAGGGGGCGGUGAGCCGCCAGGAGUACGAGGAGGAAAUCGCCAAGUACGAUAAGAUUUGCGAGGAGGCGUACGCUCGCUCGAAAGACGAGAAGAUCCUCCACAUCAAGCACUGGCUGGACUCGCCGUGGCCCGGUUUCUUCACUCUGGACGGACAACCCAAGUCCCUGAGCUGCCCCUCGACUGGUCUGACUGAGGACGAGCUGACCCACAUCGGACAGGUGGCGUCGUCCGUCCCGGUCGAGGACUUCACCAUCCACGGAGGUCUGAGUCGUAUCCUGAAGAGUCGAGCGGAGAUGGUCCGGAACCGGAAGGUGGAUUGGGCACUUGGGGAGUACAUGGCCUUCGGGUCACUGCUGAAGGAGGGGAUUCACGUCCGGCUGUCGGGACAGGACGUGGAGAGAGGGACGUUCAGUCACCGUCAUCACGUCCUCCACGACCAGAACGUGGACAAGAGGACCUGUAUUCCCAUGAACCACCUCUCUCCAGACCAGGCGCCGUACACCGUCUGCAACAGCUCGCUGUCCGAGUACGGAGUCCUGGGGUUCGAGUUGGGUUUUGCGAUGGCGAGUCCGAACGCUCUGAUCCUGUGGGAGGCCCAGUUCGGAGACUUCCACAACACGGCCCAGUGCAUCAUCGACCAAUUCAUCUGCCCGGGUCAGGCCAAGUGGGUCCGACAGAACGGCAUCGUGCUGCUGCUGCCACACGGCAUGGAGGGCAUGGGUCCAGAACAUUCUUCAGCCCGUCCAGAGAGAUUUCUCCAGAUGUGCAACGACGACCCAGACGUCAUGCCAAACCUGACGGACGACUUCCCGGUCCGUCAGCUCUACGACUGUAACUGGAUCGUGGUGAACUGUGCAUCUCCUGGAAACUACUUCCACGUCCUGCGACGACAGAUCCUGCUGCCGUUCAGGAAGCCGCUGAUUGUCUUCACUCCCAAGUCUCUGCUGCGUCACCCGGAGGCCAGAGCCAGCUUCGACGAGAUGCUGCCCGGGACUCACUUCCAGAGGUUGAUCCCAGAAGCUGGUCUUGCGUCUCAGCGUCCUGACGAGGUGAAGAGGUUGAUCUUCUGUACGGGGAAGGUUUACUACGAACUGACCAAAGAGAGGAAGGGCAGAGGACUGGAGGGAGACGUGGCCAUCGCUCGUAUAGAGCAGUUGUCUCCGUUCCCGUUCGACCAGGUGAAGUCGGAGUCGGAUCGUUUCCCUAACGCCGACCUGGUCUGGUGUCAGGAGGAGCACAAGAACCAGGGUUACUAUGACUACGUGAAGCCUCGCAUCAGGACCACCAUCCAGAGAGCCAAGCCCGUCUGGUACGCUGGUCGAGGCCCGGCGGCGGCUCCGGCCACAGGAAACAAGAACGCUCACCUGAUGGAGCUGCGGCGCUUCCUGGACAUGGCCUUCAACCUGGACGCGUUCAAAGAUCAGCAGUAGACCUGCAACCCCUGACCCGACCAUCCUGGAUUCAGUUUUUCACACACACACACUCUGUUCUCUGUACUGCUGAGGAAAUACUAACUGUGUGUACUAAUACAAAUACUGCAAACAUCAUGUAGUGGAAGUAAACAGAACAUAAGUACUUUGUAGUACAAACAGUUUGACACCUUGUAUUACUUCACUUUACUGUGUACUUUGUACUUCCUGCUACUGCAUUAGUACACUGUCCUCACUGUGUGUACUCACAGUGUUUACCCAGACAAACAAUCAGAUUGAAACUUUAUUUUUGAUGAGAUAUUUUCCCGCUUGGUUCAGUGAAGUGAUCAUAUGACCUUUGACCUGCAGCCUCACAAUGACCUGGUCAACAAACAUCACAUGACACACGCUCAGCUGUUCAUAUACACUCUGCAGUUUGUUUUCUAGGUAAUAUUAAUGAGACACACAGUACUGUUUACUACAGCGUGUACAAGUACUGCCGCAGCCUCGGGCUUGGCUCCACCACAGCAGCAACUUUCUGAGCAACUAGUUGCCUCAACCUGAGUUUUCUUUGAGUUUAGUUAAUUUAUUCAUAUCAGACUUUUUUCUGAAGCUUCACUUUGAAAAACAUGUUUUAUUUUUAUCAUUAUUAAUAAUAAUUAUAAUAAAUAACAAAGUUGUCAGACGUUGAACCAGCGAUUCUCAAACUUGAGCCGAAAGAACUCUGGAGGAACGAAAUGAAAGAAUUAUGCUAAAUUUGCCAAGAUUAAAAAAUAUAUUUUUCAAAAUAAGAGAAAUAACCAAUCUGGUUCUGAUUGUCCACUCUGGUUCUGACAACAAGGAGUGAUGUUGGAAAGAGCUGCAUCUGGUGGAGUGGAACCUGAAGCCUAAACCCUCAUGACCUUUGACCUUUCAACACACACACACACACACACUCUCUCUCUCCUCCAACAGCAGGUCAGCUGUUACUACAGAGGCUUCAGAAAACAGACAGAGUGAUAACUCCUGUUCACUUUUUAUGAUCUUCAUCAUCAUCAUCGCUCCUUCCUCUCAUCAAACACAAAAAAAAUCAUCUUCACCUGAAACGUUGCAGGAAACGAUUGUCUUUGAACGUGUCAUUAGCAUAUUCAGCUGCAGGUGGAGGUGAGGUCGCUCGUUAAGGAAAGUCUGUAAUUAGUCACCACGGCAACGCUUAACUGGCACACUGAGCUUUUAUUUUGAAGGGACGUCCGGGAUCAUGAUUAUUCUCUCUCUCGUCUUUGCCAAACUGCAUCAGAGCGUCGCCGCUUCUCAUUGGUCGUUUUUUUUUUCUUUCUGUCGCCAGAAAAUAAAAUAAAAAAAUGAAAUAAAAUAAAUCUUCUGGUUUGACGCAGUGAACGAUAAAACGACGGCGGCGGCGGCAGCACAAGAAGAAGAACCCGACUGCAGGUGGAGUUUCUGUGCUUCUGUCAAAGAAAAUGAUUUAUUUAUUUUCAUAAAGGGGAUUUUUUUUUCUAAUUCUCUUCAUUAUUUUUGCUUCAUUCAAUAAAGAAUUCUACUGAA